AGCAACAAAACAUAUUCUUUAAUCUACCCGUCACUGAUCCGUGAGGAGGGAUGUGAGGGUGUUUUGACUGUAAUGUGUUCAGCUGUUCAUAGUAGUCAUGUUCAGAAAGAGGCUUUCUGACACUGACUGCAGGAGCUAAUAAUAUAUAAUGAGAAGAGAGAGGGGCGAGGGGGCGGGUUACACUGAGCUGGUAACAAGGGUAUAAAAGAGCCAGGGCGAAAAGACGACAAAGUACGCAACGCACCAACUUGUUCAGAGACCAGACUGCAAACAUACAGAAUGUCUCAGCCAGAGGUUAAGAAGAAGAAGAGGCCAGUUGUGAAGGAGGAGGACCUGAAAGGAGCCCGCAGUAAACUGGGGCUAAAGGGAGAGGUCAAGAGCAAAACAUACGAGGUCAUGGUUGAGUGUGAGCGCAUGGGGAAGGUGGCGCCAUCUGUUUUCAGUGGAGUACGAUCUGGAAGCGAGACAGUGCUUGAGAAACCCAAGCCUCCAUCAGGAAGCGUGUUUGGCAAAUGAGUGCAGAAUGCAUGAAACCAUGAAUGGGUUUGAAAUGUUUGUGAGCACAUAGAGUAUGCUUUUGGCAUCCACAUCUUGAAUUAAUAGACUGUAAUGUGGAUAAUUAUUUUACAUAUUUGAAAGUAUUAGUGUGUGUUUUUUUUAUACUGUUUGCUGUUGCCAUUUUUAUCACAUGUUGCACCUAAAAAACCUUGUGUGCCAGUUUCUAGUCUCGUGUUUUCUACAUAAAAAAUGAGCUAAAUGUAUCUCCGAGUCACCAAGUAUGAUUUCUCUGUCAUGCGGCAUACAAACAAGUCUUAUUUCAAACCAUGUGAGUACAAAUGAAAAUAGAUGCUCAUUAAAGGACGUAGUCUAAGAUUUCAUUUUCAAGUUUUGGUUGAUAUUCUAUAUGGAUGACUGUUCAGUACAUCCAUGAGACUGUUUUAACAUCAUACUCAAAUGUGUCAUCACUAAAGCAACUCCCACAUCUGCAUGACCUUGCAUGGUGUUAUGUCAGGUAUUUUCCCAUCAGCUGAUAAAGUGACAAAACAUCUUGAAAGAAAAGAAACCCAGCCGUAAAUGAAUUUAUCCAACAUUUUGU